AUGGAACAAAAGAUCGGGGGUGGUAGCAGUGAGCAUCCAAAUUUGGAGUUUGAUGUUCCUAGCAGCAUCAUAGACGAGGACCCAAUUGAUCAUGACAAAAUUAUUGGCCAUGAUGGUGAAAAUGACAUGUUAUACACAGAAUUUGAAGAAAAUGGUUCUAGCUCACCAAGAUCAAAUCCCAAAUCCCCAAGUACCACACCUGAAUCGAGCAUGUUAAGUGCAUCACCGCAGGCAAGAGGAGCAAUAUCGACCACAGAGACUUUGGAUUUGAAUACAUUAAAUGCAUCUCCAAGACAAUCUCCUCCGAUCCAAGUGAUGAGGCAACCUUCUGGCUAUGAUCCAAACAGGAUUCCAUCAUCCAUCUUCACUCCAAAAGAGACGAAUGAUUCAGAAUGGAGUUUAGCUUCUGAUGAAUCAUUAUUCAGUAUCCAAAAGGGAAAUAAUAGCUUCUCGUUGGAUAAUGGUUUUUUUAUAAGCGAGUCUGGAAAACUUAUCUGGCUUGAUGAUGGGCUCAACUAUUCAUGUUAUACACCCGAUGCCAAUAAGUCCAGCGAUUUCACCAGCAGGUGCCCUAGUCUACCAACGAUGGUGGAAAAGGCAGCAGACAAUGAACGGAUGAGUGGGAGUUCAAAUGGGGAAUCUGGAGAGAAAGAGGAGCUCCUUGAAACCCGUAAAGCAUUGCCAAUUGAUUCUGAAAGUGAAGAUGAAAGCUCUCCUUCUCAGAAGGGGCUACAAUUGCCCAGUCCCAGUCUUAAUGUUCCAGACGAGAAAGGAGCAAGUCCUACCGAGGAACCUCUUAAUUCUGAUGGGAGUGCCCAAAGAACCAGUUCAUUCACAUUCCCUGUACUUGCAGGUGGCAGUCCAACGAAGGUAGAUGCUGAAGGAUCUCCGCCAAUGCCAUCGAUACCGGUAACACCAAAAGGAGCAGCAGAGACAGAAACUACACCUGAAGCUCCCUCCACAACCCCUAAAGCUGGUGGCAACCAAUGGUUCAAUUGCUUCUCAUGUUUCCCAAUUUGUUGUUGACAGAGGCACGAUGUUUCAACCAUCACUUUGUUCAAAUAAACAACGGAGACACCAUUUGAUGAGAAGAUUCAAGAAGUAUAUGCCCUCCCUUUUUGAGUUCUCAAUGUCCCAACUGCAUCAAUCCAAGAAACCAGAUCCCUUGUAAUGAGAUGCCAAGCUCUUCAGCUAUGCCGACAAAACAAGGCGGGAUCGUACGCCGGGAAUUCAAAAAUCCAAUAACCAUUCAGAUCCCUAGCAGGGUAAGCGAAUUAGAUUUGUAUCCGUUUAAACCUAUCAUGCGUAUUUGACAACUAUACUUAUUAUGAUGGUAAAUGGAUACUGUCAUGGU